AUGUCAAAUAAAAUUAUAGAACAUUCAAAAAUUGUAAUGAUAGAUGAGAUAAUGAAUAAUAGUAAAGAGUUCUCAUUAAAAGAAAGGUCAUCAAUAAAGACGAUAGGGAUUUUGAAAUUGAUAGAUUUAGAUAAUAAUUUAGCAUUAUUAGAAUAUAAACAAACUUUUUUAUAUUGCACAAUUGAUCAAUUCAUUUCUCAUUUACCUUCAAAAUUAAAUACAUAUUACCAAAUAAUAGGUGAAUUAGAGAAACCAAAUUUAAAACAGCAAAAAGAAAUUGAAAAAAGAGAAAAUUUAGGUAAUAAUAUUAAUAAAGAUUGGAUAUUAAAUUCUAGAGUUUAUAGAUUAAUUGAUGGUAUUGAUAUUGAUUUAUAUAAAGAGUCUUUGAUUGUCCGAAGAAAUUUUGAACAACAGAAUGCUUCUUUUAAUUAA